GUCACACCUAGGAGUCUCUGCUGCUACUUCUCUGCUUCUCUCACAGCAAAUUCAGCAACAAUGGCUCCCGUAUUCCCGGCACUAACUGCAGAGCAGAAGAAGGAGCUGUCUGAGAUUGCUCAGCGUAUUGUGGAACCAGGCAAAGGAAUCCUGGCAGCAGAUGAGUCUGUGGGCACUAUGGGAAGCCGUCUCAAGCGCAUUAAUGUGGAGAACGUAGAGGAGAACAGACGUCUUUUCCGAGACCUUCUUUUCACUGCAGAUCCCAGUCUGAAUAAGUGCAUAGGUGGUGUCAUUCUUUUCCAUGAAACUCUCUACCAGAAGUCUCGCAAUGGAACUCCCUUCCCCAAACUCCUCAAGGAUCUUGGCAUUGUUGUAGGAAUUAAAGUAGAUAAAGGCACUGCACCUUUAGCCGGGACUGAUGGAGAGACCACAACUCAGGGUUUGGACGGGCUUGCAGAAAGAUGUGCUCAGUAUAAGAAGGAUGGUGCAGAUUUUGCAAAGUGGCGUUGUGUGCUGAAGAUCUCCGAUUCUGCGCCAUCAAGUCUUUCUAUCCGUGAGAAUGCCAAUGUUUUGGCUCGAUAUGCCAGUAUCUGUCAGCAGAAUGGACUUGUGCCAAUUGUGGAACCAGAAAUCCUGUCUGAUGGGUCACAUGAUCUCCAAAGGUGUCAGUACGAGACUGAAAAGGUGCUGUCUGCUGUGUAUGCUGCCCUCAUUGAGCACCAUGUAUAUCUGGAAGGAACCCUAUUAAAGCCAAAUAUGGUCACAGGUGGUCAGUCUUAUUCACAAAAAUAUACCCCACAAGAUGUUGCCAUGGCCACUGUCACUGCAUUAAGACGUACAGUACCUCCUGCAGUUCCAGGUAUCUGCUUCCUCUCAGGAGGUCAGAGUGAAGAAGAGGCCUCCCUUAACCUCAAUGCUAUGAAUAGCUGCAGUCUUGUUCGACCAUGGCGUGUGUCCUUCUCAUAUGGUCGUGCUCUACAGGCAUCAGCUCUCUCUGCCUGGCUUGGAAAGAGUGAGAAUGAGAAAGCUGCUCAGGAAGCCUUUCUUAAGAGAGCGAAGAUUAAUGGUUUGGCAACUCUUGGACAAUAUGUUCCAUCUGGAUCUUCAGAUUCUGCUUCAUCUCAGUCCCUGUUUCAGCCUAGUUACACCUAUUAAAGGUUCGGACUGUGAGCUUUUCCAGUUGUUAAACACACAAAAGUCCAGCAAAAUCUGCUUUCUGUGACCAGUCUCCAAAGACGACGACGAUGUUUUACCAACAUUCCAAAUAGAAUAUUUUAAAGAAUGAGAAUAUUUGUAUGCCAAUUUAGUACCAUACUAAUGGUAUGGGCCAAAAUCUGUAUAUUUCAAUUUUAUUUCAGUGCUCCUUGUACCCUAAAUAGUUGAAGCAUUUGAGCCAGAUAUAUAUAUAUAUAUAUAUAUAUAUAUAUAUAUAUAUAUAUAUAUAUAUAUAUAUAUAUAUAUAUGUAAAUGUAUUCCUGCCACCUCAUUAAAAUUGAUCCUUACAUACAAGACAUGUACUUCUAUUUGUUUUACAAUAAUGUCAACUUUAAAGGAGAAGGAAAGCUACCGAAGCAGUUUAUUUCCAAUAGAUUAGGCACAAUAGUGCAAGCUUUAACACUAUAUUUUUUCUGCAGAAUGCUUUACCAUACCUGAGUAAACACUCUAGAAGCUUUCUCUGUUUGUUUAGGAUAGCAGCUUCCAUAUUAGCUUGGUGUGACAUCACUUCCUGCCUUCCCUUUCUGUAUAAUGAGCUCCCUCUUACCUUUGAGUUAACUUUUUGUAUGUUAUAGAAUUGCUAAUUCUAAGCAACUUUUCAGUUGGUAUUCAUUGUUUUAAUUAUUUUGCCUUUUUCUUCUAACUCUUUCCAGCCUGGAAAUGGGGGUCACUGAUCCCAUCAAAAAACAAAUGCUCUGUAAGGCUACAAGUGUAUUGUUAUUACUCAUCUUACUAUUCAGGCCUCUCGUAUAUUCAUAUUCCAGUCACUUAUUCAAAUCAAUUAAUGGUUGCUAGGGUAGUUUGGAUCCUAGCAACUAGAUUGCUGAAAUGGCAAACUGGAGAGCUGCUGAAUAAAAAGCUAAAUAACUCAAAAACCACAAUUAAUAAAUGAAGACCAAUUGCAAAUGACACAUCUCACUAAAAGUUAACUCAAAGGUGAACAACCGCUUCAAGUGUAACAAAUAUGCUGCAAUUGAAUAUACUAUAUAGCAUACAUACAACCUGCAACCAUUAAAUACAUGCUUAUAGUUGACAUCUGUCAUGAAGCAAGAAAUAUCUAUAUAUUUCAUUUGUGAAGCUGAGUUUAAAAAACAUUCUGUUCUCCUUAUAAAUUUUAGUGCCUCUGGGAGUAAAGAUGGAAAACAAUAACUAUGUCUCCUAAUACAGAGAUAUAAAUAUUUUGUAUUUUAUAAGCAUCA